AUGGCUCGCGAACCUAGCUCUCCCGGAUCCGACAGCAGGGAUCACCAUCUGUCGCGCAACGGUGCAGAUGUGCGCAGCAUUCCCAAGAAACACGGCUCGGGCCCAUUCAACUGGGGUACAUACAGCGAGAUGCUUAACUAUAUCGACGACGCGCCUGGCUCUACCCCGGUCUCCAAGAACAACAUCCAGGUGGUGGACAGAACCGAGUUUGAGGAGCGCAAGAGAGCAAUGUCCUCUUAUUAG